AUUACCGAAUCACAGUCGCGGUACCCUGGUCUUCCGUAUACCGGGUCGGUACAAACGACUAGGCUGCUGUCUUUUGCAGGCCCGUAACUGGUGAGAGUACGAGGACGGGCAGCCGUCUCAGCUGUGAGGAAGAGGGCUUGUGGAACCACCGCAUCUCCAUCUGUGUUAUCCCACGCUCGGUUCCGGAGGACACGGUUGUCCGCCCUGUGGCGAGAUGCUGUCCUCGGACGACGAGAGCCUGAGCGAGCGCUCGUGUGUGAGCGAGCCGUCCUUCCGCAGCGAGCACUCGGGGUCGCUGUCGCCCUGUCCCGCCGGCGCCCCACUCCAUGCCCCCCCGGGCGACACACUGCCCUGGAACCUCUCACGCCACGAGCGCCGCAAGCGCAAGAGCCAGGACUCCGUGCUGGACCCAGCCGAGAGGGCGGUGGUGCGUGUGGCAGAUGAGCGAGACAGGGUGCAGAAGAAGACCUUCACCAAAUGGGUCAACAAACACCUGAUAAAGGUUCGGAAGCACAUCACAGACCUGUACGAGGAUCUGAGAGAUGGACACAACCUCAUCUCCCUACUGGAGGUGCUGUCAGGAGUCACACUGCAUAAGGGUGUGUCCACGCUGAGGAAAGUGUGUGUGUCGCACGCCCCCCCGCUCAUUCUGACGGGGGGAGAGGAGGAGGAUGGAGAUCAGGGACCGAGGGAGAAGGGGCGCAUGCGCUUCCACAGGCUCCAGAAUGUGCAGAUCGCCCUGGACUUCCUCAAACAGAGACAGGUCAAGUUGGUGAACAUCCGUAAUGAUGACAUCACGGACGGGAACCCCAAACUGACGCUGGGCCUCAUCUGGACCAUCAUCCUCCACUUCCAGAUCUCAGAGAUUUAUGUGAGUGGGGAGUCAGCUGACCUGACGGCGAAGGAGAAGCUGUUGCUAUGGAGCCAGCAGGCCAUAGUGGGCUACCCCGGCCUCCGAUGCACCAACUUCAGCUCCGCAUGGAACGACGGACGCAUGUUUAAUGCACUGCUGCACAGAUACAGGCCUGAUCUGAUUGACAUGGAGGUGGUCGCACAGCAGAGUAGCCGUGACAACCUAGAGCAGGCCUUUGAGAUUGCUGAGUCGCUCGGAGUAACACGCUUGCUGGAUGCAGAAGAUGUGGACGUGCCGUCUCCUGAUGAGAAGUCGGUCAUCACAUAUGUCUCGUCCAUCUAUGAUGCCUUCCCCAAGAUCCCCGAGGGAGGAGAGGGCGUCGUCGCACACGAGGUGGACCAGCGUUGGGCGGAGUACCAGUCCCGCUUCUCGUCUCUGCUCCAGUGGACCCGCCAGCACACUGGCCUCAUGGCCAACAAGAACUUCCCCCAGAACCCCGUCGAGCUCAAGGCACUUUACAAUGAGUACGUCCACUUCAAAGAGACGGAGAUCCCCAACAAGGAACUGGAGAAGGGGCACAUCGAGCACCUUUACAAACUGAUGGAGGUGUGGAUAGAGUUCGGGCGCAUCAAGCUGCCGGCAGGCCUUCAUCCUAACGACCUGGAGGAGGCGUGGGGCAAGCUGAUCCUGGAGAUGCUGGAGAGGGAGAAGGCCCUGCGGCCGGCCGUGGACCGGCUGGAGCUCCUGCUGCAGGUCGCCAACAAGAUCCAGAAUGCAGCGCUGGACUGCGAGGAGAAACUCACACUCGCCAAAAACACAUUGCAGGCGGACAUGUCUCAGCUGGAGAGUGGCGGAGCAGUGCGCUGUGAACAGGACCUGGCCGUCUACCUGCAGGACUCUGAGGCUCUGAUCAGACAGCUGAACCUGGACCUGCAGAUCCUCCGUGACGAGAAGUAUUACCAGGUGGAGCAGCUGGCCUUCAGGGUGUCGUGUCUGCAGGAGGAGCUGGUCUCCCUGCGCCUGCAGUGCUCCAGUGUCUACAGGAAAGGACACUUUUCGGCCGGGUUGCACCCUGGCGACGCGCCCCUCCAAACCCGCUCCGCGAGGGACACGCUGUCAUUGACCGGCCAAACCUUGCUGGGCGCCGCGGCGGCCGUGGCCAGCCUCCUUCGCCGACCAAUGAGCCGCUCCGAGCUGGUGGCGAUGUCAUCGUCGGAGGACGAGGGAAGCCUGAGGUUCAUCUACGAGCUGCUUGGAUGGGUGGAGGAGACACAGGACCUGCUGGAACGAGCAGAGUGGGGUGCAGACUUGCCGUCUGUGGAGCAGCACCUGCAGGACCACCACAGCAUAAACACAGCAGUCGGAGAGUUAUUACACAGCCUGCAGGAGGCCAGGAACUUUGAGUCGACUGUCUCCUCUAAUUUCCGUGGCAGUUACUCAGAGACUUUGGCCAAACUGGAGCACCAGUAUUGCAAAUUACUGGAACAUUCGUCAUGGCGACUGCGUUGCCUGGAGAGCCUGCGUGCGUUUGUGUCUCAGUGCACAGAGGAGCUGAUCUGGCUGAACGAGAGGGAGGAGGAGGAGAUCUCCUUUGACUGGAGCGAUAACAACAACAACAUGGCUGCCAAGAAGGAGCAAUACGCUGAGACAAGGGAUGAAGUGGACGAGAAACAGGAAGUCAUGCGCUCAUUACAAGAAACAGCAGACCAACUCUGUCUGGAGAAUCACCCAGCCAAACAGACUGUUGAGGCCUAUAGUGCAGCCUUACAGACUCAGUGGCAGUGGGUACGGCAGUUAUGUGUGUGUGUGGAGCAGCACCUGAAAGACAACACGGCCUUCUUCCAGUUCAUGGGCGAUGCACGGGACUGUGAGAGUUACCUGCGGCAGCUGCAAGACUCCAUCAAGAGGCAGUACACCUGUGACAAGAACAGCAGACUAAGCCGCCUGGAAGACCUACUGCAGGACUCCAUGGAGGAGAAGGAGCAGCUGAUUGAGUACCGCAGCUCAGUGGCCAGCCUGGUGGGCAGGGCCAAGACAGUGGUGCAGCUCCGUCCCCGUGGAUCGGAAGGAGCCCUGGGAACAACCACACCCAUCCGAGCCAUCUGCGACUACCGGCAGAUUGAGUCCAGUGCUCAGAUCACCAUCUCAAAGGGAGAAGAGUGUGUGUUGGAGGACAACUCUCAGCGCACCAAGUGGAAGGUCAUCAGUCCCAGUGGAAAUGAAGCCAUGGUGCCGUCCGUGUGUUUCACCAUCCCACCACCUAACCAGGAGGCCAUCGAUACUGCUGGCCGUACGGAGCAGCUGUACCAGAAUGUGAUGUCUUUAUGGCAUCAGCUGCAUGUCAACAUGAAGAGUGUGGUCUCCUGGCACUACCUACAGAAGGACAUCAGGAACAUCACCUCCUGGAGCCUGGACACGGUACGCUCCCUGCCCCCAGCGGAGCGUCAGCAGGCCUUAGAGAACAUGGAUGCCCACCUGGGAGACUUUGUGACGGACAGCAGGGAGAGCGCGCUCUUCACCAUCACAGAGAGACAGGAGCUCCAGAGGGAGGUCGACGACUGCAGGAAACACUGCCAAUCACUGUUUGUCUCCAUGGAGACAGUCGAGAAAGACGAGUCCAUCUCUCGCUCCUACCUGUCGGAGUUGCAGAGCAUCCGGUCUCACCUGGAGGAAGCUGAGCACAGGCUGAUGCGUGGCAUGCAGACGCCGCCCCCCAGCAACCUGAGUGGUGAUGUGGACAACACGGUGCCCAUCGCUGAGCAGGAGAAGCUGCAACAGGAUAUAUCCGGUCUGCGCACCAAUCUGGGUGACGUGUCCCGGCGCUGCGUGAGCUUCUUUGAGGAGAAGCCGUCCUCGUCUUCCGUCCCCAUCCUGCGGUCCGAGCUGAACCUGGCCGUGGAGCAGAUCGAGAGGCUUCACUCGCUCUCCUCCGUCUACCUGCACAAGCUAAAGACGGUGGACGUGUUGAUGCGUAGCCUGCAGACCGCCGAGUCUGUGGUGAAGAAGUAUGAGGGCCGACUGAGUGAGGAGGACUCUGUACCAGCAGACACACAGGCUAUACAAGCACUGAGGGAGCAGCUACAGGGCUGGCAGAGGGAGUUGGCGGAGCAGGAGCCGGCGUUUGAGGCCCUGAGCAGUGAGGUGCGGCGGGCGCGUGAGGCUGGAGACCAGCUCAGCCAGCUGCACCCGGACCGCAGCCCAGACGUGGAGCGCUGCCAGGAGCGAGCCGGACAGCUGAGCGAGCGCUGGAGCGGCGUCCGCCGACAGAUAGAGACACGGCAAGUGGAGCUGGAGGCUCUGGGAUCGGUGUUGCAGCAGUAUAGGACGGGCCACUCGGCUCUCAUCAGCUGGAUCGAGGAGACCACGGAGCGGCAGGAGAACACACACCCCGGGCAGACCGACAGCAAGGCCCUCUCAGAGCAGCUGGCACAACAGACGGCACUGGUGGCUGAGAUCGAAAGGAACCAGGCCAAACUGGAUGAGUGUCAGACCCAUUCUAAGCAGUAUUGCACAGCUGUCAAGGAUUUCGAGUUGCAGCUGAUGACAUUCAGAGUGUUUGUGGAGUCGACUCAGAAGACCCCGGUGAAGAGGAGGAGGAUGCACUCUUCGUCAGACUCUGUCACACAGGAGUUUAUGGACCUCCGCACACGCUACACAGCCCUGGUUACCUUGACAACGCAGCAUGUGAAGUACAUCAGUGAUGCCCUGAGGAGACUGGAGGAGGAAGAGAAAGAGGUGGAGGAGGAGCGACAGGCCCGGGUGGGGCAGGUGUCUGACCUGCUGGGUUGGGUCAAAGGCGUCCAGGAUCGAGCACGGGUCGUUGAAAGGUCACAGGGCCAGGACCCUAAAUCUGUCGAGUCAUCACUGGCAGCACAGCAGGCCAUCAAUGAGCAGCUCGCUGCCAAGAAAGAGGAGGUUGCCGAGGCCAUCCGGAGCACCGAAGUGUUCCUCCUAUCUAAACAAGCCAGCAUGUUGUCCCCAGAGGAGCGUGCUCAGGUGACCUCCCAGCUGGAGGACCUCACCUCCACCUACAACCAGCUGUGCGAGAGCUCCACCCAACAGGUGCAGCAGCUGGAGGAGUCGCUGGCCAAGGAGGAGCAGCGCAAGGACCAGGCUGCUGUGGCUGGAGUGAUUGACCUGGGCACAGUGGAGACCUUUCCUGUGUUCCAGGCAGCUCAGAGGGGACUCAUCGACCAGGACACCUGCCUCAUUCUGCUGGAGGCCCAAGUCAUCACUGGGGGGCUGCUGCAGCCCAACUCCCCCAGUAGCCUAUCUCUAGAUGAGGCCCAGGCCUGUGGAUUGAUUGACAGCCACACCAGCCAGGCACUGUCUGAGCUAGAGGCUGCACUGCACCUCAUAGAUCAAACACGGCCCAGUGCAGGAGCAUUGAUCCCAGUUGCAGCGGCAAUAGAGGAGGGGAUAAUUAAGGAGGAUGUGGGAUUGCGUAUCUUGCAGCUGCAAGUUGGAACAGGUGGGGUGAGGGCAUCCUCUCAGGGAGAAGGUCACAGCCUGACCAGUGCCAUGGAGAAAGGCCUGCUGUCCCAGCACAUCUACAACAAGCUGUGCUGCUCUGUCAACCGGCGGCAGCUGAUCGACCCCAACACUGCAGAGAAGCUGAGUCUGCAAGAGCUGCUGAAACGCUGUGUGCCUGACCCUGAGACUGGCCUGCGCCUCCUACCGGUCAGCCAACAGCCUGGAGGCAAAGUCUGCCUGCGCUCGGGCAGAAAGGUUGGCAUCUUUAGGGCGGUACAGGAGGGCCUCAUAGAUCGCCAGGUGACCAUACGGUUGUUGGAAGCUCAGCUAUUUGCAGGAGGCAUUGCGGACCCCAGAUCUGGUCACCGGCUCACGGUGGAUGAGGCGGUGAGGAUUGGCCUGAUGGACCAUGACCUUGCUUGUGCCCUCCUCACCCGUCAGCUUCAGGCCGGAGGGAUCCUGGAUCCAGCAAAUGGGAGGCGUCUGGGGUUGGAAGAGGCCGUCCAGAGGGAGCUGCUGUCGCCUCGCAUGGCCCUGCGUGUCCUAGAGGCACUCUGGGCCUUCACGGGGAUGCUGUGGCCCCAGUCAGGGGAGCUGCUUCCCAUCACAGAGGCCUUGCAGCAGGGUGUGGUAUCAGGAGAACUUGCAAGGCAAAUUCUGAGUCAGAGACAUGCUAUAGGUGCCCUGUACCUACCUGAGAGCAGCCAGGUGAUCCCUCUAGAAGAAGCCACUGAGAUACUGGAGCCAAAUGUGGUGGACACUCUGAUGCAGGUGGACAUUCCAGAUGUGCUGCCCGGUAUGGACCAGCCAGGCUCCACGGCACUGAAUUAUCCGAGCUGGAGCAGCUCCACCUCCCCUCCACCCUCCUCUCCUCCUGCAUCUCCUCCUGUGGUCUCCACCAGCACCCAGGAGGCAGCACCCGAGGAGCAGGCUCAGCAUCAGCUCAUGGCCCACCUGAGGAAACACAGUUACAUUGAUGCUCACUCAGGCCAGCGCCUGGUCCUGCUUGAACCUGAGUUGGUCGAGUUGGCCUGUGCUGCUGAACACAGCAGAGCUGAUCCCCAGAUUGAUGUGUCAGAGAAACAGGCUACAGACGUAUGGAUGAGGAAUGGGAGUGAGUCAGUUAGGGAUGUCCAGCUGACAGAACAGAUGAUGGUGAAACAUGAUGUGGACGCCUUUGUUGAAUCCGACAAUCAGACAGAAGUCGCACCUUUAUCUCAGAAGUACGCAGAAAAAGACGGGAAUGAAAGGGAAGGUGUAAAAACAGGCGACGGUGAAGGAGAGGGAAACAAUUUCUCAACCAAUGUUGAAGGUAUUAACAGGACAGAUGAUAAAGUCUUGGCUGUGGCAGAAAUACAGGUUCUUACUGAGCCUGUAAAAGGAAGGGAGAUUGAUGUCAGAAGGCUGGAGGUAGAAGGUAGGGAUGUGGAUGCUGAGGUGGUGAAUCCUGAAAAGGGACAGGAAGAAACGGAAAUGGAAUGGACUGAAACUGUGUCUGACAUGGUGAAACCUUUAGACACAGCAUGGCUGGACCCGUCUUUGUCUGAUGAGCAUGUACAUGCUUCACAACCCAGACGGUCAGCCAGGGAAAGAGAACAGCAAGAAGGAGCUGCAACAGAAAAUGUGAAGGCAGAACAAAGUGAGGAAAGUUUAGAGAUGGAGCAAAUGGCCAUGGAGCUGCAGCAAGGGGGUCUGUUGACUGAGUCUGGUGAUAGACUACUCUUAGAUGAGGCGGUUGCUCAGGGAGUUCUCCCAGCACACACAGCUGUUAAGCUCAUGGCUGAAGCGGGGCUCUUUGGGGGCUUCCUGGACGUAAAUGCCUAUGAGAGUCUCAGCGUGGACGAUGUUGUGCAAGAGGGUCUGAUGGAUGAGAGCCUUCUGUCCAGUGUACUGAAAUCAGAAAAGACUCUUGCUGGAGUGGUGGAUUUGGAGCGUGGGCGUCUCUGCUCCCUCCGAGAAGCAGCCCAGAAAGGCCUUGUAGAUGAGAACACAGCCACUCGGCUGCUAGAGGCACAGGUUGUGGCAGGUGGAGUGGUUGACCUCCGCAGAGACAAGAAGGUGUCUGUGACUCUUGCAGCCAAUCUAGGCUUGAUUGAAGAGGGCCAGAAAGAGGAGCUGCUGGCUUUGGAGAAGGCAUGUCGUGGAAAGGCCUCAGACCCACAUACAUCACUCACCAAGGCGAAACUUCAGCUUCAAAUGGAUGGGGUGGUGGAUCCAGAAACCAGAGAGAUGGUGCCUUUAAAGGAAUCCCUGCAGAAAGGUCUGAUCACUGAGGAAGAUGCACAACAAGCCCUGUCCCAGCAAGUGGCAGAAGGGGGCCUGGUGCACUAUGGGUCUGGCAUGAGGCUAUCUGUAUCUGUUGCUAAGCAACGAGGUCUGGUGACUGAUAAGAUGGUUCAGAACCUGGAGAAGGUUGAGAAAGCACGACAGGGAGAGGAGCCAUUUGUUUCCGCACCCGACUCUGCCCUCUUCCAGGCAAGCACUGGCUCAGUUUUUGAUCCAGCCUCCGGAUCUAGACUAACAUUAACUGAAGCAGUUGCUCAAGGCCUCUUGGAUGACAACAUUGCAAACACAGCCAUGACCUCACCAGGUGUGAAGAGUGGGGUUAUGGAUCCACACAGUGCUCGAAUCAUACCUUACUUGGAACUUGUGAAUCAGGCCAAGAUUGACAUUGAGACUGGGAGACGGUUCCUGGAGGUGAGACCCUUUCAAGGAAUACUUGAUGAACACACUGGUGACUUACUGACCUUACCCCAGGCAGUAGAAUCACACCAUGUGGACCCAGUCUCAGCAUUUAGGAUGCUGCAGAGUCAGGCAGAUACAGGAGGGGUCAUUGACAUCUCCAGUGGAGAACGUUUGCCCCUACCUGAAGCUGUUAAUAGAGGACUUAUUGGUGAAGACAUGGCCAAGGAAAUUGCUGCCAACCAACUCCUUAAAGGAGGCCUGAUCGAUCCAACGAGUUGGGAGAGAGUUCCUAAUCUAAAGGAGGCAAUACAAGAUUGCUUAAUUACCAGAGACAUGGCAGAAGGUCUCCAGGACAAUUUGAGUUCCACCGAUGAAGAUGAAGAUGUUGAAGGGGGGAGUUCAGGGACACUGGUGUCAUCCACAAAUGGCACCUGGAGCCCACAGUUAACAUCAACGGGGUCCAACCAGGAUAAACAGAUAAAGAAACCAGGAGAAGAUGUCUACACUGUUUCACCCCCAGUGCAUUCUACUCAGAUGGGGGCAGUUGAGCCUGACUUCAUAUCCAAGGCUAAUAUGGACUCUUCAUCAUCAGAUGAAAUGAAGCCGGUGCAGGGGCACAUUCAUGAAGGUUUUGACUCAGUGGAGGAAAAGAUCACUGAGUCUGAUGGCUCAAUGGAAAUGUUGACAGAGUUUGCGCUGAAUGCAGAAAGGAGGAUUCAGCAGGCUCUACUUGAAAUACAGCCUCCACAAAGCUUAGAAACUGACCCACCCUCACAACUAUCUGAGCAGGACGUCAAGGCCAUGGAAGACAUCAAAACUGAUGUUGAGCCCUCAUCUAUGUAUUUACUCCCUACACAACCUCACGAGGCUACACAAAUACCAGAGGUUACGAAUCAGCUUCAUGACUCCAGCAGCCAACAGUCCACUGACAUGCAGACUAGUGGCAUUGGUGAGACCAGUGACAUUUUUGAUUUAGUUGUAAGAGAGGACAUUUCAAUCUCUCAAGAAAAAUUAAAGCCAGAAUCUGUAGUAGCCAAGAAUGGCCAGGGCUUUGUAAAAGCUGAUGAUAUCUUAACAACUGGUAAUCAUGAUGACAAGGUAGAAGGUUUGAAGCACACAAGCAUGGAAGAAGACAUCUCUGCUGAAGAAACUGUUAAACUUCAAGCAACAUCUGAUGUUGAUUCAAUUGAUUCUUCGGUUGUUACACAAUCAGAAACCUUAGAGGACAUGAAUUCGCAAGACAAGAAACCAACAUCACUGAAAGGUUUGUUACAGCCAUAUCAAGAAAUUGGCAAGUUCAAGAAAGGGGAUAGGUCAGAGAUGCGCAUCACGUCACAUCACGAAAGUCAGGAGCUCAAAGUGGAGGAAAUUAAAGAUCCUCUUGUGAGUGCGAAGAAGCUUGAUGUUUCUGCAAGAACACUCGAGGAAACAACAACAAAGGGUUUGGCUCAAGGGGCUGAGAGCCCAUUUGAUCAGCAACCAGAAACAACAAAAGAUGCCCCCAAGGACAAAAUUGAGAAUGUGGAAAGAGAAAAAGUGGGUGAGAUCCCUGAAGAGAAAGUUGUUGGUGGACAGACAGAAAAGAAAAAGAAGAAGAAAAAGAGGGGUAAGAAAGGAAAGCAGCAAGUGGUAGAGGAAACUGAAGAGAAAGGAGAGCAUGACGGUAAAGAAAAGGAAAGUGUAGAUAUUACAAAAACAACUGCAGUGCCUCAUGAGAAAGAAGCUUUACUCAUGAAAGCCAAGGAGGGUCUCCUGAGGAAAGUGUUUGAACGAGGAGUCAGUGACAAGCGGGUGGGAGAGGAGCUGGAAGCUCUGCGUCAGGGCGUUUCGAAGAAGGAGCAUCAUGUGGAAGAACCUAAGGAUGAAAAGAAACCAUCAGUGCCUCCUACAAAGGAGAGCGAUACCAGAGAGAUAGAACAGCUGGAGGGGAGGCUUAAGGAGAGCACUGAUCUGCAGAAGGAUUCACAGGCUCCGUUUGUUACUGCAGAGCCACAUGACCAAGAGAAAGGUUAUGCAACUGAACUCAAGAAGAAAUCGUCAGAAGCAGCUGCUUCAAGUGACAGUGCGAUCGCAGCCUCGUUUGAGUUGCCUAAGGUUGAGACAGAGGGUCACUAUGCAGAUGAUCAGCAGAGAGACAGCAGUGUAGAAGGGCUCAAGAGUGGUAAUGUUGUACAGAGGGUCUCUUCUCCUGAAGCUGAAGUCAUAGAAACUUUGCACAUGGAACAGUUUGUGGAGAAGAUUAUCUCAGAUUCUGAUAGGCAGCCAGAAGUGGUGACUACUCCUGGAGUUUACACAGAUCCUAUCUUUAAGGGUACUCAUGAUAAACACUCCAAGGAUGCUCUUGAAAAAGAUACCUGGCCACUCACACAAUCUUUAGUCCAACAAGUCCAAGACCAACCAGUGCCUAUCAAACCAGCUCUAGAGAUUAGCCCAGAUAAACAAGCAAAAACUCCCUCUGAGUCCCCCGGCACUCAAAGCACAAAACUCCUGCCUCGUAAACCAGAGGAGGAGCAAGUGGGACUUCAAGCCAUGACUGACAGUCGCGUUGACAUCAAAGAGGAAGCUGAGGCUCUGGAAUCUCCAGUAGAGUCUGGGCCUUCAGUGUCAGAGGAGAUCACUGAGUCAGACACCACUGACACCACUUGGGAGGAGGAAGAGAGAGAGGCUGAAGAGAAGAGUGGAGAGAUGGUAGCAUCUGAGAUGGUGCAGAAGAAGAGCCCUGCGAAGAAGAGCAAGUCCUCACUGGCUCGUCAGCAGUGUCUUGAACAUGACCAGCAGCUUGUGGCACUGCUCUCCAUGGUGAGGCACAUUGAGGUUCGCCUCAAACAACAGCAACAGCAAGCAGUGGGUCGCAGCCUCGUCGCUCUGGAUGAUAGCAUCAAACAGACUGAGACCCUAGCUUUGGAGCUGACUGAUUUGGAGCCUGAGGUAAAGAAGGAGGUGGAUGCUGCUCUGAGUCUGCUUGAGUCCUGUUCAGAGGAAGUCCCGCCUCAGCUGCUGAAGGCUCUGGAGAAGGAUGGGCGAAGCCUGGCUCGGGCCUAUGAAACAGCAGAAGAGUUAUCACAGAAUUCUUUGCAAGGCCUAAAGGAUCGUCGUGAUUCACAAAAGGAGGCUGUGAGGACAGAGCUUCAGUCUCUUGGAGGGCGUGUGGAGGGGCUCCUCUCCUGGCUCAAAGACACAGAGGCACAGAUGGGUCAGACUGAGGGACUGACUGGGAAGGACACCUCUGAACAACUUACACAAAGGCUGCAGCUCUGCAAGGAGCUGCAGGAUCUGCUCAGUGCUCGUUCCAGUGAUGUGAGCUCAGUGGUUUUGGACAUCCAGGUGUUCAUCUCAGAGCAUGCCCAGGACCUGGUGCCAGAGCAGAGCAGGCAUCUUCUGGGGCAGCUGCAGCAGCUUCAGGGGGCCUUCCACCAGGCUGCUGGCCGUACACACGCCCGAGCCGAGGCCCUGUCUGCCCAGAGAGCGAGAGUUGAGGAGAGGGAAUUGCAGGAGAAGAAGGAGAAGGAGCAAGAGGCGGAGAAGAGAGCCAAGGAGAGCAGCAGGGAGAGAGAGGUGGUCCAGCAGCAGAAGGCGGAAUGUUCCCAGAAGUUAGAAGGCCUCACCAUGUGGUUGGCUGGAGCGGCCAGCCUGUUGGCCAAUCAGAAGGUUGGAGCAGAGUCUGGAGACGUGAACGAGCUGCAGCAGAAACAGAAGGAGUUAAAGGAUGUACAGAAAGACCUGAAGACCAAAGGAGAGUCUGUGAUGGAGGCCAUCCGCUCCGUGGAGGAGUUCCUGGCUGAGCGUGGGGACAGCCUGAGUCCAGAGGAGCGGACCAACCUGCAGGGGACGCUCUCCCGCAUGAAGGAGCAGUACCACUCUUUGACCGACACCACCCACUCAUCACUGGCCCAGCUGGACACCACCAUCAGCGCCACGGUCCAACAGAACACACAGAGAGCAAAGGCGGUGGAGGAGUUGCAGGAAACUCGGGGGAAAAUCGACUCGCUGCUGGAGGAGCUGUCCUCAUUGGACCAGCCUGACCGGAGGCGAUCCCUCGGGGAAACGGUCACUGAUUCGGCAUCCUCCCCUGCAUCACGGGGCAGCCUGCAGUCUCACAGCGGCAUGCUGCAGGCGGAGCUGCAGCAGCUCCAGGAGCAGCAGGAGCACCUCCUCCAGGCGUCCCAGUCCACGCGCUCCCUGCUGGCCCAGCCCGACUCCAGCGUGCCCCCCGAGGAGAAGCAGCGGCUCCGCGCCCAAAUGGACAGGCUGCAGAGCCAGCACCAGGAGCGUCUGCAGCGCUGCCAGGACCAGCUCCGGCGCGCUGACGCCCUGCAAGACGACCUUGCCAAGUUCCUGCAGGAGCAUGGAGACCUGGCUGCCUGGCUGGAACUCAGCGAGGGUCAGCUCCGUUCCCUGGGGGAAGGAGAAACCGAUGCACAAGGGCUUAAGGAACGGCUGGAGGAGCACAAAAAGUUGGCGGAGGAUGUGAUCUGUCACAAGGCAGACUUGCGCUUCGUGUCCAUCUCGGGUCAGAAGGUUCUGGACUCAGUCCAGGGAGCUCUGGAGCGGGUGGGCGGGGAAGACCCAGCGCUAGAGGAGACCAAACAUGUAGUCAGUGAUCGGCUACAGGACACCACACAGCGUUACGGUGCACUGCACAGCAAGUCUUCAGAUCUGGGCUCCCAUCUGAGUGGAAUCCUGGAGCGGUACCAGCAGUACCAGGACGAGGCCAGUUCACUGGACACCUGGCUCAAUGCCCAGGAGAAGAGCCAGAGCACCAUCAAGCCCAGCGGAGAACAAACGGACACACAGGCACUACAAAACUCACUACGGGCAAUACAGCUGUUGCAGGAUGAGCUGGCAGAGCGCUCCGUGCAGCUGGAGAGGGUGAAGAGGGCAGGCCAGGACCUGACCAGCACCCGGGAGACCCCCAGCCUCAAGGCAGCAGACAUCCACAGCACCGCAGAGCGUCUUGGGGGUCGUUUUGGCUCUCUGUCUGAGUCGGCGUCGGCCCGUGCGGAUCAGCUCCAGACGGCCAUGGCCCAGUCAGUCAGCGUGCAGGAGGGGCUGAGGGCGCUGCUCUCCUGGCUCAAUGGACUGGCGCCGGCUCCAGGUCCAGUUCAGCCCCAAGCCCAGGCCGUGCAGGAGGCACUCACACAGAACCAGAAAAUACGUCAGGAGCUGCUGUCACGCCAGGGCAGUGUGGAUGCUACACACGACUCCGUCUCCCAGCUGCUCCAGACGGCAGACGCCACGGCGGCCUCCGGCCUCAAGGGGGAGCUGCAGGAGUUGAGCCAGCGCUACACCUCAGCCCAGUCCAAGCAGACGGAGCGGGAGGUGGAGCUCCGUGAGCUCCUGCCCAAGUUGGAGAGCUUCGAGCGCCUCAAUGCCGACCUACGCAGCUUCACCCAGAGCCACCAGAGGGCGCUGUCGCCUGUGGGACAGCCGGACCGCAGCGUGGAGGACUACAGACAGACCAUAGAGGACAUACGAUCAGACCUGGCACAGGAGGCUGGCCAGCUGAAGUCAUUUGUAGAUCUGGGCAAAUACUUGAGUCAGUCUGCCACCCUCACCAACACACAGAGCCUUUUAGACGCAACCAAAGAGGUGACGGACGACUUCACCCUGCUGGAGGCCAAUGUCAACGACAGAUUAAGCGCUCUGCAGAACUGUGGGCAGCAGCUGGCGGAGUUCCGCUCGCUCUCUGGCUCCCUCCUCAGGUGGCUGCAGGGAUCACAGGAGCAGCUGCCUGCUAAAGAGCCCAGCACCCUCAACACUGAAGCGCUGCAGAGGAGGGUACAGCAGCUGGAGGAGCUGCUGGAGCAGUGGCAGGCCCAGGGGGGGCGUGUGCAGGAUCUGAGUCGAAGCAGCGCAGAGCUGGAGAGCCUCAUCAUCAGCACCACCACACCCCACAGCAAGAGCGGUGUGCCACAGGUUAAUGGUGCCAGCAGUCCCAGCAGUGUCAAUGGCAUACACACAUGCAAAGACCUGACAGAGAUCCAGGUUGCCAUGGCAGAUGUGACGAGUCGUUAUGAGCAGCUGGGGGCGGAGCUGACUCAGAGGCGGGGCUCCCAGCGGGCGUCGCUGGAGCUGCGCGAGCGUGCACGCGGGGGGGCGGAGACUCUCUCCCAUUGGCUGAGCGAGCGCGAGCAGAGCCUGGUCCUCGGACAGGCCGCCUCCCCGUCACGUCCUGAGGUGGUGCGAGCCCAGGCUCAGGAGAACAAGGCACUGCUGUCAGAGCUGGCCGAGCAGUCUGGGAAGGUAGAGGAGCUGAAGGGCACUUUGAAGAAGCUGAUCUCAGAGAACCCAGACUCCCCUGAGGUAGACACCUGGAGGGAACAGCUCAAGGACAUUGACUCGCGCUGGGAGAAGGCCAAUGCGACGGCAGCACAGAGGCAGGCAGAGCUGGAGACGUGUGCUGAUAGGCUGGGCAGUUUUGCCACAGCAGCCAGUCAGCUGGGCCCCUGGCUAAAGGAGAAGGAGCUGAUGAUGAGUGUGUUAGGCCCACUGAGCAUCGACCCCAACAUGCUCAACACACAGAAACAGCAAGUGCAGUUCAUGCUGCGAGAGUUCGAGACGCGGAGGCCGCAGUUCCAGCAGCUGACGCAGGCCGCCGAGGGCAUCCUGUCGCCGAGCGGCGGCGGGGGGCCCGACGACCCGUCCACGGGGCUGGAGGAGGUGCGCUCGGAGCUGGGCUCCGUGUCGCAGCAGUGGGAGGGCCUGACCUCGUGCCUGACGCUGCGCUCGCAGCAGAUCGAGCGCGCCCAGGGCACCAGCGAGCGGCUGCAGACGCUGCUGCGCGAGCUGGCGGAGCGCGUGGGGGCGCUGGGCGAGCGUCUGGACGUGCAGGGGUCACUGAGCGCCCAGCCCGAGGCGCUGCGGCGCCGCCUACAGGAGACGGGCGAGGUGCGCAGCGAGCUGGAGCAGCGGCGAGGGCAGCUGGCGGAAGCCGAACAGCUGUGCGGCGAACUCAGCAGCAUCGUGGCCGAGCCCUACCUCAGGGACGAGCUCAAGAAGAGGCUAGAGAGCGUCAGCGGACCCCUCAAGAAUCUGGAGGACAGAGCUGCGGACGGUCUGUCGCAGCUCCAAGCCGCUCUCUCGAGCACGCAGCAGUUCCAGCAGAUGUUUGUGGAGCUGCGCGGCUGGCUGGACGAGCAGCAGGGGGUCGCGCAGACGGGCGCAGGCGCUCUGCCCUGCCAGCAGGGUGCGCUGCGGGAGCUGCUCUCCCACCACGAGGAGCUCCAGCGGGGCGUCGCACAGCACAGGGGCCCCUACGAGCUCAUCCAGGCGGAGGGCGCCACCCUGCUGGCCUCACUGCCCCCUGGUGGCGAGGAGCGCUCGGCGCUGCAGGCCAGACUAGCCACUCUGAGACAGGACUGGGACGAGCUGAGCCAGAGGCUGGGCGAGCGGCAGGCCCGGCUGAAGGAGACGCUGGGCCGGGCGGAUCAGUACCAGCAGCACCGGGCCGACCUGGAGCCGUGGCUGACGGAGUGCGAGCAGCGCGAGGCGGAGGUGCGGCCCGCCCUGGACGCGGCGGUCCUGGACGAGGCCCUGCAGACGGUCCGGCAGCUCGGCCAGGACCUGGAGCGCCGGGGGUCGCAGCUGGACCUCCUGAACGCCGCCGCCGACCAGCUGCUGGAGCUGAGCCGCGGCGGAGGAGAGGAGGAGGUGCGCGACGAGAAGGCCGGGCUCAACCGGCGCGUCGACGGCCUGUCGGAGCGCCUGCAGGGCCGAAGCGCGCAGCUGGAGGAGCUGGUCGGACGGCUGCGGGAGUUCGAGGACGGCCGGCAGGCGGUGGAGCGGCGGCUGGAGGCGGCGCAGCACCAGAUCGAGGUGCAGGAGGCCCUGGGCCCCCAGGCCUGCAGCCAGAAGAGCCUGGAGCGGCUCCGCGGGCAGCAGGAGGCCCUGCACUCGCUCUCCCCCCAGGUGGCCUACCUGAGGGACCUGGCCCACGGCCUGGUGCAGGACGCCCCCCACACACCAGGGGGCAGCACUGAGGGCGCCCAGCGGCUGAAGCAGCAGGCCCAGGACACAGAGAGAGAGUUUGGAGACGUCAAUGAGAAGCUUGAGCAGUGUUGUUCAUCUCUGGAGUCUCGCCUGCGCGGCGUGGGCGAGGUGCAGUCGCACGUGCGUGACGUCUUCUCCCGCCUGGCCGACCUGGACGACGAGCUGGACGGGCUGAGCCCCGUGGGGCGCGACGCCGACUCGCUGGCGUCGCAGGUGGACGCGGUGCGGGGCUUCCUGGGCCGCGUGGCCGCCCUGCGCUCCGACCUGGAGGACCACGGCGGCGACUGCACGGCCAUGCUGCGCCGCGAGGGCAGCUCACCGGACCUGCUGGCCCUGCGCCGAGAGACCGAGGCCCUCAGCCGCCAGGCCGGCAAGCUCGCCGAGAGGGGCCAGGCGCGGCUGGGCCAGAUCGAGACCGCCACCGAGCGCGUGCACGACUUCUACGCCAACGUGGCCGAACUGCAAGGCAUGCUGGGACGGGCGGAGGACAGCUUGGAAGCACAAGGUGCGGUGGGGACGGAGGUGGAGGUCAUCAAGCAGCAGCUGCAGGACUAUAAGGCUCUGGAACGGGAGCAGGUUGACAGUAUCCAGCCCAAGCUCCAGCAUGUGAAUGCGGUCGGCCAGGGUCUCAUCCAGAGCGCAGCCAAACACACUGACACACAGGCACUGGAGCAUGACCUGGAGACAACCAACCUGCACUGGAACUCCCUCAACAAGCGGGUGGCUGAACGCGUUGCCCAGCUGCAGGAGGCCCUGUUGCAUUGUGGGAAGUUCCAAGAUGCACUUGAGCCUCUGUUGAGCUGGCUCAGCGACACGGAAGAGCUCAUCGCCCACCAGAAGCCCCCGUCAGCGGAGUACAGGGUGGUCAAGGCGCAGAUCCAGGAGCAGAAACUCCUGCAGCGUCUCCUUGACGACCGGCGGGGCACCGUGGAGAUGAUCCGGGCGGAGGGAGCACGCAUCGCUGUCACUGCAGAGACGCAGGACAGGGACAAGAUCCAGAAGCACCUGGAGAGUCUGAGCCAGAGGUGGAGCGACCUGCUGGAGAAGGCCACAGCUAGGCAAAGGCAGCUGGAGGAGUUGCAGGUGUUGGCGCUGCAGUUCCAUGAAGCUGUGGAGCCUCUGGGGGAGUGGCUUAGUGUCACAGAGAGACGCCUCAGCACUGCGGAACCAAUGGGAACCCAGACCUCGAAAAUCACACAGCAGAUUGCCCGGCACAAGGCCCUCAAAGAGGACGUUACAUCACGGGGGGUUGAGCUUCAUCACCUGGAGGCCCUGGGCCAAUCACUGACCCCACUGAGCAGUCCGUCGGACUGUGAUUGGCUGCGGGAACGUGUGGGGGCGGUGCGCACCGGGCACAGUGAGCUACUCGAUUGGUGUUUGCGUCGGGAAGCCAUGCUGGAGCAGGCGCUGGCCAAUGCCCAGCUCUUUGGCGAGGACGAGGUUGAGGUGCUGAACUGGCUGGCAGAGGUGGCACAGAGGCUGGCAGAGGUGUCAAUUCAAACCUACCAGCCUGACCUGCUGGCACAGCAGCACAAACACACACUGUCCCUCAAUGAGGAGAUCGUCAGCAGGAAGAAGACUGUUGACCAGGCCAUCAAGAAUGGACAGGCCCUCCUGAAGCAGACCACAGGUGAGGAGGUGUUGUUGAUCCAGGAGAAGCUGGACGGCAUCAAGAGCCGCUACGCUGAGAUGACUGCCGGGAGCAGCAAGGCCCUCCGCACCCUUGAGCAGGCACUGCAGCUGGCCACGCGAUUCGCCAGUGCGCACGAGAACAUCAACCAAUGGCUGGACGCCGUAGAAACAGAGCUUAACAACAUGGAGCUGGACAACACGCCAUCCUAUCAGGACAGGCAGAAGGAGCUGAAGUGUGUGUGCGCGGAGAAGCGUCUGGUUCUGGACACGGUGAAUGAGGUGGGCAGUGCCCUGCUGGACCUGGUGCCAUGGCGUGGCCGGGAGGGGCUCGACCGCCUGGUCGCCGACGCUAACCAGCGCUACCGCCAGGCCGACGAGACCAUCGUUCAGCGAGUGCAGCAGGUCCAAGCUGCCAUCCAGAGGUCACAGCAGUAUGAGGAGGCCAUUGACGCCGAGCUGACCUGGCUGGCUGAGACGGAGCGUAAGCUGGUCUCCUUGGGGCCCCUCAGCCUGGAGCCCGACGUGACCGUGGCCCAGAUGCAGGUCCAGAGGGCCUUCAACAUCGACAUCAUCAGACACAAGGACACCAUAGACCAGCUGACCAACACGCGGGACAACAUCAUGGAGACGUGCAGCGACCAGCAGAAAGACACGCUGAAGGUGAAGACGGACUCGCUGAGCGCUCGGUACGAGGCCGUGAGCCAGAGUCACUCGGAGCGCUUCUCAGCGCUGGAGCAGGCCCAGGUCCUGGUGGCCCGGUUCUGGGAGACCCACGAGGAUCUGGACCCCUGGCUGGGUGAGACUGAAGCCCUGAUCAGCCAGCUCCCCCCGCCAGCCAUCGACACCGAGGCCCUCCGUCAGCAGCAGGAGCAGAUGAGGCUCCUGAGGGAGUCCAUUGCUGAGCACAAGCCCCACAUUGAUAAGCUUCUGAAGAUCGGCCCCCAGCUGGCAGAGCUGAGCGCCCAGGAGGGGGCGUCAGUGAGGCAGCGCUACACCGGCGCGGAGAAGCGCUACCUGGCCAUCAAGGAGGAGGUGAAAGGUCGGGCAGGCGCUCUGGACGAGGCCGUGUCCCAGUCCACUCAGUUCCAUGACAAGAUGGACCCCCUGCUGGAGACUCUGGAGGGGGCGGUGCAGAGGCUGAGGCAGCCCCCGCCGGUGGCAGCAGAGGUGGAUAAGAUCCGGGAGCAGCUGGCCGACCACCGGGGCGCGGGGCUGGAGUUGGACAAACUGCUGCCCUCCUUCAGUGCUCUGUGUGCCCGCGGGGAGGAGCUGAUCACACGCGCCUCUCACCACGACCCUGCGGCUCAGGCGGUGCGCUCUCGUCUGCUGCGUCUCCGUUCCCUGUGGGAUGAGAUCCGUCAGCGGGCCGAGGAGAAGGAGGGGAAGCUCACGGACGUGCUGGAUCUCGCCGGAAAGUUCUGGGCCGACAUGGCAGCGCUGCUCAGCACGCUCCGAGACUCGCAGGACAUCGUGAAGGAGCUGGAGGACCCGGGCGUCGACCCCUCGCUCAUCAAACAGCAGAUCGAGGCCGCAGAGGCAAUAAAGGCAGAGACUGAUGGUCUCAGGGAGGAGCUGGAGAUCGUGCGAACGCUCGGCGCUGACCUCAUCUUCGCCUGCGGAGAGACGGAGAAGCCUGAGGUCAAGAAGACCAUUGAUGAGAUGAAUGCAGCGUGGGAGGGUCUGAACCGCGCGUGGAGAGAGAGGAUGGAGCGGCUGGACGAAGCCAUGACCGCCUCUGUGCAGUACCAGGAUGCCUUGCAGGGCAUGUUUGACUAUCUGGACAACGCAGUCAUCAAGCUGUGUGACAUGCCUCCUGUCGGGACUGACCUAAGCACCGUCAAACAGGGGAUAGAAGAACUCAAGCAAUAUAAGGUGGACGUUUAUCAGCAGCAGAUCGACAUGGAGAAGCUCUGCCACCAGGGGGAGCUGCUGCUCAAGAAGGUGUCGGACCAGACAGGAGAUAUGAUCCAGGAGCCGCUGACUGAACUGCGCCAUCUAUGGGACAACCUGGGCGAUAAGAUCACACACAGACAGCACAAGCUGGAGGGGGCCCUGUUGGCUCUCGGGCAGUUCCAGCACGCGCUCUCCGAGCUGCAGUCCUGGUUGAGCCACACUCACGCCACACUGGACACCCAGAGACCCGUUGGCUCCGACCCCAAAAUCAUCGAGAUCGAGCUGGCCAAGCACCACGUCCUGAGAAAUGAUCUGCUGUCGCAUCGCUCCACGGUUGAGAAUGUGAGCGGCGCUGGCUCGGAGCUGCUGGAGUCGAGCCCUGGAGACGAGGCCAGCCACCUGAGAGACCAGCUGGACGAGCUCAACGCCAGCUGGGAAAAACUCAUCCUCAAGGCUGAGGACAGGCAGAAACUACUGGAGGCCGCACUGCAUCAGGCGGAGGGUUUCCAUGGCGAGCUGGAGGAGUUUCUGCAGUGGAUGCGACGGACGGAGAGCCAGCUGUCUGCCGCUAAACCCACUGGAGGCCUACCAGAGACGGCCCGCGAGCAGUUACAGCAACACAUGGAGGUGCAGGAGCAGCUGGUCCAGCGGGCUGAACAGUACCACCGGCUGCUGGACCAGGGGGAGUCGACGCUCCUGGCCCGUGGUGGGGAGGAGGGGGGACCCGGCGCCACCCAGACCCAACAGCACCUGGCCAUGCUGCAGAACAAGUGGGCCAGCCUCAACACCAAGAUGGACGACCGACGGGCUAAACUGGACGAGGCUGUAUCACUGGCCACCAGUUUCCAGUCCUCCCUUCAGGCCACCAUCAACUGGCUUACGCAGGCGGAGCAGACGCUCAACAUGGCCCAGCCCCCGAGCCUCAUCCUGGACACGGUGCUCUUCCAGAUCGAUGAGCACAAGGUGUUUGUCAAUGAGGUGAACACCCACCGUGAGCAGGUUCUGGCCCUGGAGAAGGUCGGGUCUCAGCUUCGCUUCGCCAGCCUGAAGCAGGACGUGGUUCUGAUCAAGAACCUCCUCCUGAGCGUGCAGGCACGCUGGGACAAGCUGGUGCAGCGAUCGCUGGACCGCGGCCGACACCUGGACGAGGCCCGCAAGAGGGCCAAACAGUUCCAUGAGGCCGAGAGGAAGCUGACCGACUGGCUGGAGGAGGCCGAGAGCAGACUGGACUCAGAGCUGGAGAUCUCCAAUGAGCCCGACAAGAUCAAAGUGCAGUUGGCCAAACACAAGGAGUUCCAGAAGGCCCUGGGCUCCAAGCAGCCGGUGUAUGACACCACCUCACGCUCAGGCAGGGCCAUGCGAGACAAGGCCUCCCUCCCCUCCGACUCCCAGAAGCUGGACCACCUGCUGGGGGAGGUGCGGGACAAGUGGGACACCGUGUGUGGGAAGAGCGUGGAGAGGCAGCACAAGCUGGAAGAGGCUCUGCUGUUCUCAGGUCAGUUUGCAGAGGCUCUGCAGGCUCUGGUGGACUGGCUGUACCGGGUGGAGCCUCAGCUCAGUGAGGACCUGUACGUGCACGGAGACCUGGACCUGGUCACCAACCUCAUGGACUCGCACAAGGCCUUCCAGAAGGAGCUGGGGAAGAGGACCGUCAACAUCCAGGUGCUGAAGCGUUCAGCUCGCGACCUCAUGGAGACCGGACGGGACGACACCGCCUGGGUCAAAGUUCAGCUGCAGGAGCUUAGCAACCGCUGGGACACGGUGUGCGCGCUGUCCGUCAGCAAGCAGACCCGCCUUCAGCAGGCCCACAAACAGGCUGAGGAGUUCCGCGCGGCGGUGCAGGUUCUGCUGGAGUGGCUGUCCGAGGCGGAGCAGACGCUGCGGUUCCGUGGCGUGCUGCCCGAGGAUGUGGAGACGCUGCAGGUGCUCCUCCGCGGCCACAGGGACUUCAUGCAGACGGUGGAGGAGAAGCGGGCCGACGUGACGCGCGCCGCUGGCAUGGGCGAGGCCAUCCUCACCCAGUGCCACCCUGACUGCAUCACCACCAUCAAACACUGGAUCACCAUCAUCAGGGCGCGCUUCGAGGAGGUGCUGACAUGGGCCAAACAGCACGAGCAGCGUCUGGACACUGCACUGAAGGAUCUGCAGCACAAUGCAUCGCUGCUGGAGGAGCUGUUGUCAUGGCUACAGUGGGCGGAGACCACCCUCGUUCAGCGGGACACGGAGCCCCUCCCUCAGGACAUCCCCCAGCUCAAAUCACUAAUGACGGAACACCAGUUGUUUAUGGAGGAGAUGACUAGGAAGCAGCCUGAUGUUGACCGUGUCACUAAAACCUACAAGAGGAAACCAUCUGAGACCCCCAGCAGCCUUGCAGACAGGAGGGGAACUCGUAAGCACCAGCAGCAGCAGCAGCCCACGGUGCAGGUGACGGGGGGCAACCCUCGCCUCACGCAGCUGUGCUCACGCUGGCAGCAGGUGUGGCUCCUCGCGCUCGACCGGCAGAGGAAGCUCAACGACGCCCUCGACAGGCUGGAAGAGCUCAAGGAGUUUGCCAACUUUGACUUUGAUGUCUGGCGGAAGAAGUACAUGCGCUGGAUGAACCACAAGAAGUCCCGCGUAAUGGACUUCUUCAGACGCAUCGACAAGGACCAGGACGGCAAGAUCACACGACAGGAGUUUAUUGAUGGCAUCCUGGCCUCAAAGUUCCCUACCAGCCGGUUGGAGAUGUCUGCCGUGGCUGACAUCUUUGACCGUGACGGUGACGGUUACAUCGACUACUAUGAGUUUGUGGCAGCACUGCACCCCAACAAGGAUGCCUACAGACCAACUACAGAUGCCGAUAAGAUCGAGGACGAGGUCACCAGGCAGGUGGCCCAGUGUAAGUGUGCCAAGAGGUUCCAGGUUGAGCAGAUUGGGGAGAACAAAUACAGGUUCUUCCUUGGAAACCAGUUUGGUGAUUCCCAGCAGCUGCGUCUGGUGAGGAUCCUGCGCAGCACCGUCAUGGUGCGUGUGGGUGGAGGCUGGAUGGCUCUGGAUGAGUUCCUGGUCAAGAACGACCCAUGCCGAGUACAACAUCCUGGACUUAAAAUCCUUCGCUCCGACUCCAGCAGCUCCAUCUCAUCUCGUAUAGCUCGGGGGCGCACCAAUCUGGAGCUGCGGGAGAAGUUCAUCCUGCCGGAGGGGGCUUCCCAGGGGCUGGCAGCGUUCCGCUCGCGGGGACGCCGCUCCAAGCCUUCGUCCCGCAACGCGUCUCCGACCCGCUCCUCUUCCUCAGCCUCCCAGAGUGCCCACAGUUGUGCCUCUUUGCCUUCUGGACCCCCCACCCCGACCACCUCCUCUCGGUCGUCCUACUCUCAUUCGCGGGGCUAUGCCAAGCCCUGGCUGGCACACAGUAAAACGCCAACUCCCACCAAGUGCCAGUCCUGUCCAGAUCACACUGCCCACACCCCAGGGCAAGAGGGGACAGCAUCGUCCAAAUUAAGGCGUCCGGCAUUCCACUCCAGCCGUGGGUCACUGACGGGGGAGAACGGAGGAGCCACGCCUGGCUCUGCAUCCAAGGGACGCCCAGACUCCAAGCGCACCCCCACCUCAGCCAGUGGAGCAGCCAGCCGGGCGGGGAGCCGGGCAGGGAGUCGUGCCAGCAGCCGGAGGGGCAGCGACGCCUCGGACGCCUCGGAGCUCCUUGAGACGCGCUCGGCCUGCUCCGACACCUCGGACACGCCCCGCCGCCCCGGCAGCAAGCCCUCCAAGAUCCCCACCAUCUCCAAGAAGGCGCCCAGCCCCAAAACACCUGCCGGGAAGAAAUAGUGUGCCCACUCUCAACCCGGCAAUGGAGGAGGAGGAGGAGGAGGAAGAGGAGGGCCACAGCACAGGCACUUCUACAGAUACACACACACACACACACACAGGCUGGCCAGCUCCGAUGGCCCAGAGAGUUCAGCACACACAAGGCUGGGGCCAGACUCACGCGACCCCACGCGACCCCUCCCCACCCCCCCCCUCUCUCUCCUCCACACAGGUGGGAGACGGGAGACGGGAGAGGGGCUGCUGCUCCAUAACCUCCUCCGCUCCGCUCCGCUCUGACUAAUGGUAGAACCACAGGAUGCUGCCUUAUUUGUGUUUCUCAUUGUCUUUACUUUGGAUCCAUUGUCUUUACUUACACCUUAUAGACCUUUUUCUUUUGCCCCUGAGCGGGUUACUGAUUCUUCAGCACAUGCACUUGGACUAUCUCUCUCUCUCUCACACACACACACACACCUGCACACUACCCUACAGCACAACUGGUACAGGACUCCACGGGGUAUAGGGAAGGACAGUGGGCGACCAUCUUCUGUUUGGCCGAUUUGUCCAUGGACUGGCUGAUCCAGAGUGACUGUGACCAGCAUAUCCGUAUGCAAAGCCCAGCCGUCACUCUGGGUGCAGGACUACAGGAGCAAAGGGGAUUUACCUCACGCCACAGCAACAUGACAGGGUCCAUAAUAUGUCAGGAGGAGGUGGUCACAGUGUUAUGCGGAAAAAAAAGAAAAAAAACAACACAGAAUGGACAAAUGUAGUCCAGCUGGGGAUUGUGUGGGAGCCAUUACACCUAUGGUGUGCAGAGGCUCACACAUGAUACAACACAAGUACACACACACACACACACACACACACACACACGUGCUCCAGCCCUCUUUAGUGAUCUGACUGAAGCGACGUGUUUCCCUACGUUCCAAUCGUGUGUGUUGGGUUGUGUUCAAACCAAACUCCAGAAGCCCAGCAGACUGCCCCUCUGUUUCAUAGACACCCAGGAGACACCGUUUAGAGAUCACCAAGACCGUGUACAAGACCGUACGCAUCGCCGCCAUUCACCCUUUGAAUCCGCUGAUGUUGUCAUGGUAACCCAUGUGUUCAUGUGUUUGUUUUAACUCUGCUUCCUCCUCACAAGUUACAAGAAGGUCUUUAAGGUCAUUACGUCACUUCACAGUAUGCAAAAAUUAAUAAAUUGUGAAUGUCUCUUUUUUCUGAUUAAUUUAUAAUCCUAUUGUAUUUGUUUUUGUUCCUUUUUCUAGUAUAAGAAAAUGUGUAUUUAUUUUUCCGUACAGGAGCAUAUCACCUAUGGAGAGUGACUAGUAUUAAAAGAAUUCUGAUAAUGAUGAUGAUGAUGAUGAUGAUAAUGAAGACUUUUUAAAACCCUGGAGACUGCCUCUCCUAGAGUAGUUUACUUGAUCAUGUUUUUUGUGGUUAAACUGACAAGGAAGUUGACCGAUUCCAGUGGUGGCCUUCUUCACCUAUGACUACAAAUCCCAGAUCCUGUCAAAAGUGGCUUCCUACUGUGUGUAGGUUCAACGGCAUCUUCAGACAUGAUUGAGGAGGACCUCAGGGGGUGAUGGGAUAGUGUUGGGGCUCUGCCUAACCCCCACCCAACCCCCCUCAGCUGCCUCCCCUUGAUAGGCUCUUCAAAUUGUCUCUGUCAUUGACAAACAUUGUUCCUCCGUUUGUUCCAAUGAGAAUGGAGGUGUAUGGCGAACCUAAUGAGAGUGAGCAAUAUCGUUAGGUGGUUCGUGUUUAUUUAUUGUCUCUAGGAAGAAAGGAGGAGCUGUCGAAAGGAUCCGCCUUUCCAUUCUGUUCCGGUCUGUGUAACAUGAAAUAGAGUGUGGGGGAGGGGGGGGUGAAAUUGUGUAAAAGAAAAAAAAAUAAGAUUAUAAAACUUUUUUUGUUCUUUUGUAUUAAAAUAAUGCUUGCAGUAAAAUA